ACAAAGAAAUUAUGAUUCAUAUAACAAAACGAUUACGAAUUCAAGGACACAAGGUUUGCCGAGAAUAAAGAGGGGAACAUAAAAUGGGACAUGAGAAGAUGACGUUUCUUUAUGUUGUUUAGAGCAUGCAUCCCUCCUGCUGACAUUAGGCAAGAUUUUAUGUAAUAUAACUGUUAGUAGAGCUGCAACGAUUAGUCGGGUAACAGAAAAUUAAUCACCAACUAUUUUGAUAAUCGAUUAGGCCUAAUGUUUUAUAGUCAUUUAUUGAAGCCCAAAUUUUCCGGUUCCAGGUUCUUGAAUGUGAAAAUUUUCUGGUUUCUUUAGUUUUCUAUAACAGUAAAUCUUUGGGUUGUGGACAAAACAGGACAUUUAAGCUGCAUCUUGGGCUUCGCGGAACAGUGAUCGCAAAUAGUGAAAAAUGUUGAUCAGAGCCCGAGAUGACGUCCUCAAAUGACUUGUCAUGUCCCGACCGACAGUUCACAACCCAAAAAUAUUUAGUCUUCUGCUACUGAGGACUGAAGAAAGCAGAAAAUGUUCACAUUUAAGACGCUGGAAUCAGAUAACUUGGAGACAUGUUUCUUAAAAUAUGACUUCAUUUCAAAUAUAGCUAGUAGUUUAUGAUCGAGGCCUGGUCUAAUGUGGUCUAGAUUGAAAAAUAUCAUUGAAAUCGCCCUUCUUUCAGUUUUCAUGAGCAAAAUGAAAGGAUCAACAAAUGAGGGAGGACUUUCUGUGUUCUCAUGGUCAGAGUCCAACCAGAGAGAUACAGAUAUUCUGCUUGAUGAAGUGAUGGAGUCUCAGUAUCACCAGUUUGAGACUAACAGCUCUCUGCAUGGAGAGCCGAAAAUGACUAUACAAGGAGGCAUGAGGAGGGUAGUUGUUUCUGCUCUCUAUGGCGUCCUGGUGCUGCUGCUCUUAAUUCUGCUGAUGGUAACUGGGAUAAAAUUCUCCCAGUUAAACAAGGAAGUCACUGAAGUCAAACUUCACCUUGAGAGAAUCAGCCAUAGAAUACCGACUUCAUCGUCCAGUUCAGCUUCCAAAGCUGAAGGUGGAACAACUGUGCAGGAUGUCCUUUUACAGAAACUUGUCCCAGUUAGAGGAACGUGUGGGGAAGGAUGGGUGUCUUUCCACACCAGCUGCUACCUGCUGUCUACCACCGCUGUGACCUGGAGCAAAGCGGAGGAGCAGUGCCGGGCACACGGGGCACACCUGGUGGUUCUGAACAACGUGGAAGAACUGGACUACAUUUCAAAAAUUGUUGACAUCAAGUAUAACUAUUGGAUUGGACUUGUGGAGCGAGAACAUGAGGGCCACUGGAGCUGGGUGGAUGGGACUGACUUCAAUUCAACCCCAACGUUCUGGGAUGAUGGUCAGCCUGACAACUGGGACUACAGGAUAAAUGGAGAGGACUGCGGGCAGCUCCACGCUUCUCCAAUACGCAAACGCAAGCUGUGGAACGACGCAGAUUGUAACCUGCCGUACAAGUACAUCUGUGAAAAAAGGGCAUGAGAGAGAGAAUCUCUCUAAGCUGCUGAGCCUUCACAAACAAGAAAAUUUGUUGGAAAAAGAUGAAUACACUCAAGACUGAUAGAAAUGAUGUUUCUGAUAGUUUGUAAUUAAGAUGCAAACAUGGGCUGAAAGUUGCAUAAUCACCUGU